CGUCCGACCCGGUCAGCAGCCGGCCGUCAGCGCGUGACAGCCGCCUGACCCGGUCAGCAGCCGGCUGUUGUGCCCUGCUGACAGCAUGCUGGCUCGGGGCGCCUCCGCGGGUCUGCGGCUGCUGCGCCAGAGCGCCGCAGCUGCCUGCGUUUCCACUGCGCGAGGCGUGUCCAGUGAAGCUACUUUUGAAGUUCAGCCCCUGGGGGAGCACCUGGUCGAGACCGGGCCGUCCCGGUCGGCGCGCUGCAGCUCCGAGCAGGCCCUGGCCCUGCACACGGCCAUGCAGACGGUCCGCCAGAUGGAGACAGCCGCAGACCAGCUGUUCCGCGAGCACAGGAUUCGCGGUAUGCUCCAUCUCUACUCGGGCCAGGAAGCGACCUGCGUGGGUAUCCAGGCGGCCAUGCUGGACGGCGACUCGGUCAUCACCUCAUACCGGUGUCACGGCUGGGCCCACAUGAUGGGACUGACGCCGCGUGAGAUCCUGCUGGCCCUCACGAGCCGGGCCACCAGCCGCACAAACGGCAAAGGCGGCUCUAUGCACCUCUACUCACCCGAUCACCGCUUCUACGGUGGUAUGGGUAUUGUUGGAUCUCAGUGCCCGAUCGGAGUCGGGAUCGCGUUCGCACACAAGUACAACAAUACUCGCUCAGUGUGCAUCACCAUGUACGGAGAGGGCGCUGCCAACCAGGGCCAGCUGUCCGAGGCCAUGAACCUGGCGGCCCUCUGGCGACUGCCGGUCGUCUUCGUCUGCGAGAACAACCACUACAGCUACUACACGGCCGACGACCACGUCACGGCCAACACCAACUACUACUGCCGUGGUGACAUAGUGCCCGGCGUCAGGGUGGACGGCAUGGACGUGCUGGCGGUCAGAGAGGCUGCACAGUGGGCCACCGACCUGUGCAGAGCAGGACGGGGGCCAGCCGUGCUGGAGUCACUGACGUACAGGUUCUCGGGUCACUCGGUGGCUGACCCCGGCAAGCUGUACCGGCCCGAGGAAGAGGUGCAGGAGGCCAUGGCACAUGACCCCAUCGCCGUCUUCCGACAACGCGUGCUGGCGGCUGGACUGCUGACCGAGCAGCAGCUUGAGGUGCCCACUCGCCAGUGGGAGAGAUGUGGUGCAAAUGAUGAUGCAAUCGCAAAACCCCUUCUUAAGCAAAUCUGAAGCAUACACCGAGUCAAAAACUUCGUUUUGUAUGAUAUGUCAUAACGUACUUUACGAUAAGAACCUAAUUCCAAAGUAAUUGUUCUCUCUAUGCAUGUGUCCGACGCAUUCGUUGCUUUUUCUUUCUUCCCAUCUUUCCUUAUCUGUCUUAUCUGUCUGCCCACAUUUUCUUUUAUCUUCCCAUUCGACCAUUUUCGAUCCUCUGUUUAAUCUAGGCCCAUGCUCGUGUUCCCAUUUGUUAUCUUCGCGAGAACACCUUAUGUCUAAAGGAAGCAUUGUUUGUGUCGUCGGUUCCAUUCUAAAUCACUUUAGGUCGUAUCAGACCCUGAUAUUCCUUACGGACGUCUUGGGGAUGGUAUGGAUGGGCUUGUUCUAGCGCUUUAGACCGUCUUGGCAACUGGGGUUACAGCCAUGGGGACAAAACCCUCCUCGAGACGCGGGCGCUACCUUCCGCUGUUUACCUCGGCUUGCAUGUGUAAUCACCGUGAUGCAUGGCACGUGCCACGCGUCUGUCGGAGUCGUCGAUGGUAGUCUUUAGAUAUCGAUGGCUCCAGAUGACCAGGCUCGCUCGCCAACCGGCAGUCAGCCUGCCGACCCUGACCAGGGACCUAUAGCCGCCCUGCCGACCCUGACCAGGGACCUGCAGCCGCCAUGCCGACCCCGA